GCCCGCCCGCCUCGCCGGGCAGCGGCUGCUCCUCUCUCUCUCCCCACCUUCCGCCUGCCGCUCGCUCUUCGCCGGCCGUUGGGUAAAUAAGUCGGGGCCGAGGCCGGGCAAAGGUCGCGCGCGGGGGCGCUUUUCCGAGGAGCGCGCCGGCCGUCGGACCUGCAUCGCCCGCCUGGAUUCCCACUACUAUCCCCGCCGCCGCCGCCGCCACCAACACGCAACGCCUGGACGGCCGCUCUUCAGGCUCGCCUUGCAUGCUUCGGAGUUGCCUCCGGACUUUUCCUCAGGGCGCCACAGCGCCGCGCUCGGCUUUGCGCCCUUUCGGCUUUGCGCCUCGCCGGCCAGGACAUGUCGGUGACGGAGCUCUACAGCAAGUAUACAAGAGUUUGGAUUCCUGACCCAGAAGAAGUCUGGAAAUCAGCUGAAAUCAUCAGAGAUUACAAAGAAGGGGAUAAAACUCUCCGCCUGAAACUUGAAGAUGAAACGAUCCUGGAAUAUCCUGUUGAUCCUAAAGAGAAUAAGUUUCCUUUUUUGCGUAAUCCAGAUAUUUUGGUUGGAGAAAAUGACUUGACAGCUUUGAGUUACCUCCACGAACCGGCCGUCUUGCAUAACUUAAAAGUCCGCUUUUUGGAAUCAAAUCACAUCUAUACCUAUUGUGGUAUCGUGCUUGUUGCCAUAAAUCCUUACGAACAAUUGCCAAUUUAUGGACAAGAUGUCAUCUAUGCCUACAGCGGCCAAAACAUGGGUGAUAUGGAUCCUCAUAUUUUUGCAGUUGCAGAAGAAGCAUAUAAGCAAAUGGCCAGGGAUGAGAAGAACCAGUCCAUUAUCGUUAGUGGGGAAUCCGGGGCGGGCAAAACAGUCUCAGCCAAAUACGCCAUGCGGUUCUUUGCAUCGGUGGGAGGCUCCUCCAGCGAAUCCAAUAUUGAAGAGAAGGUCCUGGCUUCCAGUCCUAUCAUGGAGGCAAUUGGUAAUGCAAAAACAACCCGGAAUGACAACAGCAGCCGUUUUGGGAAAUACAUUCAGAUUGGCUUUGAUAAAAGAUACCGUAUCAUUGGUGCCAACAUGAGGACGUACCUGCUUGAGAAAUCAAGAGUUGUAUUCCAGGCCACUGAUGAACGAAACUAUCACAUUUUCUAUCAGCUGUGUGCCUCUGCUAGUCUUCCAGAACUGAAGGACCUCUCACUAUUGGAUGCCAAAGAUUUUUUCUACACAUCUUUGGGAGGAGACACCUCCCUUGAAGGAGUUGAUGAUGCAGAAGAUUUUGAGAAAACAAAGCAAGCUUUCACCCUGCUUGGAGUAAAGGAGUCCUAUCAGAUGACCAUUUUUAAAAUACUCGCUGCCGUCCUGCACCUUGGGAAUGUGGAUUUUCGUUCUGAACGCGAUGGAGAAUCCUGCAGUAUAACGAACCAAGAUGAACACCUGCAUCAUUUUUGCAGAUUACUGGGAGUGGAGCAUAGCCAGUUGGAACACUGGCUUUGCCAUCGGAAGCUGGUCACCACUUCGGAAACCUACACCAAGAAUAUGUCCCUCCAACAAGCCGUCAACGCCAGGAAUGCGCUGGCCAAGCACAUCUACGCUCAGCUGUUCAACUGGAUUGUGCAGCAUAUCAACAAGGCCUUGUACACGACGGUCAAGCAGCAUUCCUUCAUCGGUGUGCUGGACAUUUAUGGGUUUGAAACCUUUGAAUAUAAUAGCUUUGAACAAUUCUGCAUCAACUACGCCAACGAAAAAUUACAGCAGCAGUUCAAUUUGCAUGUCUUUAAAUUGGAGCAAGAUGAAUACAUGAAAGAGGAAAUUCCCUGGACCCUCAUCGAUUUUUACGACAAUCAGCCAUGCAUAGACCUAAUAGAAGCUAAACUGGGUAUCCUGGACUUGCUGGAUGAAGAAUGUAAGUACCCAGUAAUUGUGGAGUUGUUCCAUGAUGAAAAAGACUCUGCUCCAGCUGCUCCUUCUGGAAAGAAAACUUCUUCCAAAAUCAAUAUCCGCUCGGCCCGUCCAACUGUAAAAGCAGCCAAUAAGGAACACAAGAAAACAGUAGGGCACCAGUUUCGUAAUUCAUUGCACCUGUUAAUGGAGACCCUGAAUGCUACCACUCCUCAUUAUGUUCGGUGUAUCAAGCCCAAUGAUGAGAAGCUGCCUUUCACCUUUGAUCCGAAGAGAGCAGUGCAACAACUAAGAGCUUGUGGAGUGUUGGAGACCAUCCGUAUCAGUGCAGCGGGCUACCCGUCCAGGUGGACCUAUCAUGACUUCUUGAAUCGGUAUCGAGUGCUUAUGAAAGACAAAAGUAUUUCGAAAAAGAAAGACAAGACAGUGAUUUGUAAAAUAUUAUUGGAAAGCCUAAUUAAGGAUCCUGACCAGUUUCAGUUUGGACGUACAAAGAUUUUUUUCCGUGCUGGCCAGGUGGCCUACUUGGAAAAAUUGCGGGCAGAUAAGUUCCGGAGUGCCACCAUCAUGAUACAGAAGACCAUGCGUGGCUGGAUGCAGAGGAGAAAGUACAGGAAAACCAGGGAGGCAGCUUUAAUUAUCCAGAGGUUCACCCGAGGAUAUCUGGCACGCAGAUUGGCGGAUCAUCUAAGGAAAACAAGAGCUGCCAUUAUUUUCCAGAAACAAUAUCGAAUGUUAAGGAUACGCCGGGCCUACCAAGCCAUCCGCCAAGCAGCUAUCACGAUCCAGUCCUUCACCCGAGGAAUGUUCGUUAGAAAGAACUAUCAAAAGAUACUUAUGGAGUACAAGGCCAUCAUCCUCCAGAAACACACUCGAGCUUGGCUGGCUAGGAAGAAUUUAUCCAAGUUCAGAUGUGCGGCUGUGAUUAUCCAGUGCUAUUUCAGGCGCAUGAGAGCCAAGCAAGAGCUGAAAGCUCUGAAGAUCGAGGCCCGGUCAGCCGAGCACUUGAAGAGGCUCAACAUUGGCAUGGAGAACAAAGUUGUGCAACUACAGAGAAAGAUAGAUGAACAGAACAAAGGAUACAAAUCUCUCAGUGAGCAGCUCUCCACAGCAGCCUCUACUCAUUGCACAGAGAUUGAAAAGCUGAAGAAGGAACUGGAACGCCAUCAGCAGAAGAAGGGAGACAGGAAUCAGCUCGUGAGCUUGCAGGAAGAAAUUGAUUCUCUUCGGCUGGCCCUGGAGAAGGCUCACGGGGAGCGGAAGAUUGUCGAAGAUACAUAUGCCAAGGAGAAGCAGGUGCUCCAAAAGAGGAUAUCCGAUUUGGAAGAAGAGAAUGUCCUUCUGAAGGAAGAAAAAGAGGCACUGAACAACAAGAUACUGGGUCAGUCAGAAGAUGAAUUUGCCAAAAAUGCAGUUGAAGAAAACCUGAUGAAGAAGGAGCUUGAUGAGGAGAGGGUCCGUUACCAGAAUCUUGUUCAGGAAUAUUCAAGGCUGGAGCAGAGAUUCGAGAAUCUGAGUGAUGAGAUGACUCUCAUCAAGCAAAGCCCAGGACACAGAAGAAACCCAUCAAACCAGAGCAGCUUGGAAUCGGAUUCCAACUACCCAUCCAUUUCUACAUCUGAGAUAGGCGAUACGGAGGAUGCAAUACAGCAGAUAGAGGAAGUUGGCUUGGAGAAGGCAGCCAUGGACAUGAGCCUCUUCCUAAAACUUCAGAAGAGAGUGCGGGAACUUGAACAGGAGAGAAGAAAGUUGAAGACUCAGCUGGAAAAGAAAGAGAAUGAAAGCAAGAAACCCCAGGUAAUUGAAAUGAAGAAUGAAAUGGAUUUGGACCGAGAUACAGAUCUCGCAUACAACAGUCUGAAGAGGCAAGAGUUAGAAUCUGAGAACAAGAAACUGAAAAAUGACCUAAACGAACUCAGGAAGGCUGUUGUGGAUGGCGUGGUCCGAAACAAUUCUUCCAAUGAUGUUCAUGACACCUACAACCUACUCCUGAAUCAGCUCACGUCAGCUAGUGAAGAGCUGGAAGUACGGAAGGAUGAGGUGCUCAUUCUCCGGACCCAGAUUAUAAGAGCAGCCCAGCAAAAAGACGCGGGCAGAAAUAUGGAAUCAAACCUCAAGACGCAAACCAGCUGGCCCAAUAGCGACAAACAUGUGGAUCCAGAAGAUGCAAUUGAGGCCUAUCAUGGAAUGUGUCAAACUAAUCGGCUCCUUGAGGCUCAGCUCCAGGAACAGAGAAGGGAAUAUGAAGAAGAAAUAGAAGUCCUAAAGGACCAGAUGGAGACAUUGAAGGAAGCCAUGGAGAAACAACACGAAGUCUUCCUCCAGACGCUUCAGCUGUCCCCAGAAGCCCAAGUGGAGUUUGGCAUCCAGCAGGAAAUCUCGCGGCUGUCCAGCGAAAACCUGGACCUGAAAGAGAUGUUGGAGAAACUGGAAAAGAAUGAGAAGAAGCUGAAGAAACAGCUCAGGAUUUAUAUGAAGAAAGUGCAAGAAUAUGAAGCUGAUCAAGCCAUUACACACUCUGAGAAGCGGAAACACGAAAUCAGCCGGCAAGUCGCCGUGCAAAGGAAGGAAAAGGACUUCCAGGGAAUGUUAGAAUAUUGCGAAGAGGAUGAAUCUUCACUCCUAAAAAAUCUCAUUACAGAUCUGAAGCCCCAAACAGUAUCUGCCACUGUGCCCUGCUUGCCUGCCUACAUCCUAUUUAUGUGCAUCAGACAUGCUGAUUACAUUAAUGAUGAUCAAAAAGUGCAUUCGUUGCUUACCUCCACUAUUAACAGUGUUAAAAAAGUAUUAAAGAAAUAUAACGAGGAUUUUGAGAUGACGUCGUUCUGGCUGUCCAACAUGUGUCGCCUUCUACAUUGUCUGAAGCAAUACAGCGGAGAUACGGGGUUUAUGACCCAAAAUACCCCCAAGCAGAAUGAGCAUUGCCUGAAGAACUUUGACCUCACCGAGUACCGUCAGGUCCUGAGUGAUCUCUCCAUCCAGAUCUACCAGCAACUCAUCAAAAUUGCCGAAGGCGUCUUGCAGCCCAUGAUAGUGACUGCGGUAUUGGAAAAUGAAAGCAUCCAAGGCCUGUCAGGUAUCAAGCCAAUGGGCUAUCGCAAACGAAGCUCCAGCAGAGGGGACAGCGAAAACACCUACAGUUUGGAAGCAAUCAUCCGCCAACUAAACACGUUUCUGAGCAUCAUGUACGACCAGGGCCUUGACCCAGAGAUCAUCCAACAGGCCAUUAAGCAGCUCUUCUAUAUGAUCAAUGCUGUGGCCUUGAACAACCUCCUGCUGAGGAAGGAUGUAUGUUCUUGGAGCACUGGCAUGCAGAUGAGGUUUAACAUCAGCCAACUGGAGGAAUGGCUGAGAGGGAAGAACCUGCAUCCGAGUGGGGCUGCCAAAACCCUGGAACCACUGAUCCAGGCAGCACAACUCCUGCAGCUGAAAAAGAAAACACCUGAAGAUGCUGAGGCCAUCUGUUCCUUAUGCACAUCCCUCACUACCCAGCAGAUUGUAAAAAUACUAAAUCUUUACACUCCUGUGAACGAGUUUGAAGAGCGAGUGACAGUAAGCUUCAUAAGAAACAUACAGGCACAAUUGCAAGAGCGAAAUGAUCCUCCACAGCUUCUGUUAGACUUCAAAUUCAUGUUCCCUGUUUUGUUUCCAUUCAAUCCUUCGUCUCUGACCAUGGACUCUAUCCACAUCCCAGCUUCCCUCAACCUGGAAUUCCUUAAUCGAGUUUGAAGACAUAAUAUAUAUUUUUUUUACCCCAAUUUCCCCAAAGCUGGGGGCGGGAAGAAACGAAAAUGUAAAGCUCUUCUAAUAUGGACCAAAUAAUGGUGAAAAGAACCAGUACAUGCUAAUUAAUCAGUGCUAAAUUGUUCAGGAUAAAAAAUAAUACUUGGGUUAGAUGAUUUUUGGUUUGUAUGAGGGACUUUUUUGUGGGUGGGUGGGUAGAUCUUGAAGUUGAUACUUGAAACACACGAAGGGGUUGAACUGUUUGAUGCCAUGCUAAAGUAUUUUCUCCCACUUGCCGUUAAGGCAAACGCACUGGUUAAGCAGGAUGUAAGCUUUACUUUUGUGAAUUAUGUUUCUCAAGGACUUUUGUGUUGAAAUGAUAAAAAGAAGCCCAGAUUGCCACCCAUUUUCUGAUUGUCCAUGGUGAUAGAGCAGGGGUCUCCAACCUUGGCAGCGUUAAAACUCGUGGAUGUCAACUCCCAGAACUUGUCAGCCAGCAUGGCUGGCUGGGGAAUUCUGGGAAUUGAAGUCCACGAGUCUUAAAAGUUAUGUUCCAAGGUGGAGCUUGCUUUAAUCUUAUUUCUCAUUUAAAAAAAAAAAAAGUUGCUUUAGGUUAAAAUUUAAAAAAAGUGACACAGCUUGAACAGAUGUUGCUGGAGGUGGGAAGAGCAUAAUUUUCAAUUUGUACUGAGGCUGGGGAAUGCUACUUUGCAUAUGAAGCAAGUUAGUCACUGAAAGCUUCAGGAAGAUGUGUAAAAUAUGGUUAAAAAAAGACAAUAUGGCGGUACAUACCUAAGAAAGCAGGCCAAACUUCAAUCACACCAUUGGGGCUGCCAUUUUGACUUUUGUUUACCAUACUUUGUGGAUACCCUGGUCCGUCUUUAACCCAUCAGGUGCCUAUUAAUAAUUUUUCUGUUUCUAUCACUAAGAAUGUGAAGUUGUGGAACCAUAAACCUCUAUGUUUGCUUCAUGCCAAAUUACAAUUUCACUGUAAGCUGCUACGGAUUCAUUUAGGCAGUGACAGACAGGGGCCUGCUUUGAUUUACUGGGGAAGAAAAUGGUGUACUGGCUACAUUGACUCCGAGACAGAUUCCUUGUUGAGAUAGUUGAAGCCUCCCUAUGAUCACACUUGGAACUGUGCCAGGACACAGCAGGGAUACGUUGGCUGUUGUGUGUCAUUGUGCAGUCAAUGUUUCCCCAGCAUUGACAGAACAUUUGCAGGAAAUGGAGUGUCAGGCUGUGUUUCCAAGCUAGUUACAAGGACAAUGUUAGGCACUUUAUAUAGUAUUUGUUAAUAUCUGAACUCCAAGAGAAGCCUUUCAAGAGAAUUAUCAUAGAAACUAAUGCAGAAGACUCUGUCAGCGUGUUUAUGCACAUAACAAUAGGUAAGAAAUGAUCUUUCAUGCAAAAACUAAUCAGCACUUAUUAAAUACUAGAGAGCCCCUUAGUCUCCCUUCCACAUAAAAUCCAAUAAAAUCUUGUGUUUUAAAUAUGAUUUUUUAAAUUAUGUCCAAAAUCAUACUACCAAAGGUUUUUCUCCAAAUUUUAUUUUUUUAAGCAUUGCUUAACUAUUAUUCAGUAGCUAUCAUAGCCAUUAAAGUGGCAUUCAGAUAAAAAGGAGACCAUGGGAAGGGACAAUUAUAUGGAUUAAUAGACAGCCAUAUACAGCAUUUGUUAUUCUGCAAUCUCCUAUAAUUGCACUUCACUAGAUCAACCCAGUAGGGUUACAAGCAAAAAAGAAAUGUGAUUGAAUGACCUUCUUGAACUGUGCCCAGAAUGAUCUUGGCAUUCUUCACUCUUGCAAGUUUGGCAGUUAAAUAUUGGACCAGGAAGCUUUUAGCGAGAUGAACCCCAUCCUUUUCAAAAUAAUUUGGUUAUUAUAAAUCAAAUGCCCACUCCUCCACUAAUGGAUCAAGUCUAAGACUUUCUGGUCUCGUGGAAAAUAAGAACGUGCCCAUUUUUAAGGUCACCAAGACAUCUGCUGUCUAAAAGGGAAGCAUUUUGUGCAUUUGACCAUGGCUUGCGGUAUUGAAUAUCUAAAUAUCUUGAUGCACAGAUGGAUGCAAAGAGGAGCAUCUGCCAUCUAACUUCUCUUAAAUGCUUACACUGCUCCUCCAAAGCUAUCCGUCAUUAAAUUUAGUAUCCAGGGAACCGUUUCUUCAUAAUGCUAAAUUCCUAAAACGACUGCAACCAUGUGGUAAAAUGACAACUGCAGGCACACUGCUUCCACAUCAUUCUGCAAAUUUUAUCGUUUUUUUUUCCCCUCCUCGGUCCCUGCGGAAAAAUUCACGCUACCUUUUCCAGUAGUUCUAGUUCUAGUUUUAUCCAAUGACGCUUUAUUCAAUAGAAGUUUCUCUAUUAUUCAAACUUUAAUGCAAAAAAAAGUUCUCUGGCCGCAUUUGCUUAUUUCUCUUAUGAUUUUCUGCAUUAGUGCAAACAUUGAUUCAUGGAUUUCCCUCCUCAAAUUAAAUUAAUAAAUUUGUACUUUGGCAGACCCUCCUCUGGGGGUCCUGAACAUGGAACAAAAAAGCACAUUUUGUUGCCUCUAAUAGAACAGAUCCCUGUUUCCUGACCUUUUUCUUUAAGUAUCACUUUCCAGAGUAAUAUAUGAAGUAGACAUUGAAUUUUCUUAAAUAACUGAAUAUUAUAAUUCCUGUGUAUUCCUUAUGAAUUCUCUAGGUUUACUCAUCGUCAGUAAAAUAAUGUAAAAAUGAGG